UGCUCUGGUAUUUAUGCCAAGGACACACCAGCCCUCAGCCUCCUGGAGAAGGGUCUCUCCCUCCCGUGGUGCUCCAGCCCCCAGUUUGCUCAUCCUCACCCGACAUGUGUGAAGAGGAGACCACAGCACUCGUGUGCGACAAUGGCUCCGGCCUGUGCAAGGCAGGCUUUGCUGGAGAUGAUGCUCCCCGGGCUGUGUUUCCCUCCAUCGUGGGCCGCCCUCGCCACCAGGGCGUCAUGGUGGGCAUGGGCCAGAAAGACAGCUACGUGGGGGAUGAGGCGCAGAGCAAGCGCGGGAUCCUGACUCUCAAGUACCCCAUCGAGCACGGCAUCAUCACCAACUGGGAUGACAUGGAGAAGAUCUGGCACCACUCCUUCUACAACGAACUUCGGGUAGCACCUGAGGAGCACCCCACCCUGCUCACGGAGGCGCCCCUAAAUCCCAAGGCCAACAGGGAGAAGAUGACACAGAUCAUGUUUGAAACCUUCAAUGUCCCUGCCAUGUAUGUUGCCAUCCAAGCUGUGCUCUCCCUCUAUGCCUCUGGCCGCACAACCGGCAUCGUCCUAGACUCAGGGGAUGGCGUCACCCACAAUGUCCCCAUCUACGAAGGCUAUGCCCUGCCCCAUGCCAUCAUGCGCCUUGACCUUGCUGGCCGUGACCUCACGGACUACCUCAUGAAGAUCCUCACAGAGAGGGGCUACUCCUUUGUGACCACAGCUGAGCGAGAAAUUGUCCGAGACAUCAAGGAGAAGCUGUGCUACGUGGCCCUGGAUUUUGAGAACGAGAUGGCCACAGCAGCCUCAUCGUCCUCCCUGGAGAAGAGCUAUGAGCUGCCAGAUGGGCAAGUCAUCACCAUUGGCAAUGAGCGUUUCCGCUGCCCCGAGACCCUCUUCCAGCCCUCCUUCAUCGGUAUGGAGUCUGCCGGAAUUCAUGAGACAACCUACAAUUCCAUCAUGAAGUGUGACAUUGACAUCCGUAAGGAUUUAUACGCCAACAAUGUCCUCUCGGGGGGAACCACCAUGUACCCCGGCAUUGCUGACAGGAUGCAAAAGGAGAUCACAGCCCUGGCCCCCAGCACCAUGAAAAUCAAGAUUAUUGCUCCCCCCGAGCGGAAGUACUCCGUCUGGAUUGGGGGCUCCAUCCUGGCUUCUCUCUCCACCUUCCAGCAGAUGUGGAUCAGCAAGCCCGAGUAUGAUGAGGCAGGGCCUUCUAUUGUCCACAGGAAAUGCUUCUAAAGUCCCAGCCGAUUCUCGCGAGACUGCUCGGUUCCAGAUCGUGAGACAUUAAAACCUGCCAGCCUGA